AAAAAAAGUAUGAAAAAUAAAAAAAUUAAUUAAUGUAAAAUAUAUAUAAAUUGGGGAGCAUAGAAGACGGGAGGGUUAAGAACGAGGCGUGCUUUGCGCUUUGCAACUCUAAUUCUUUUUCACAAGACAAAAACAAGGGAAAAUAAGAAAAGAAAGGAGAGAAAAGAAGACUUUGGUGGCAGGUUGUUAAUAGCGAUUUAGUCGAAGAAAUACAAAGUCGAGGAGUUCUUAGAGUGUCUGGCAUUUGGCCUUGUUUGAUUCAGCCAAGACCGACGUUGGUUUCCUUGGUUUUUCGACACAUAAAAAGGGUUGUUUUUGAAGUUUAUUUUGUAUUGAAGUUUCAAUCUUUUUUGGGUUCUUCAAGAGAAAGCAAAGUAAGAAGAAGGAAGAAAGAGAAGAGAAAAAUGGAGUGGCAUGCUUAUCUUGAUGAAUAUGAGAAGCUUGUUAUAAGGAUGAGUACUCCCAGGUUUGUGGUCUUGGUUUCUUUCUUCAAAUCCUAAACUUUUGCGUUUGAUAAGUGGGUUUUCCUGUUGAUUUUGCCUUAUACCUUUGAGCUUCCUGGGAUUUUGGGUUUCAACUCUUUUUUGGGCUUUUAAAUUUCACCUUGUGUAUUUUAUCAUAUCUUUUAAAGCCAACAAUUUCUUUGUAACAUAUUUCUUUUGGAUUUCAAUGUUCUUCUCAGUUCUGCCUUCAAGGGUUGUGAUCGACAAUGCCGUUUGCCCCAAUUCGACUCUUGUCAAGGUUGAUAGUGCUAGAAGGCACGGAAUUUUGUUAGACGCUGUUCAGGUUUUAACAGAUCUGAACCUUUCAAUUAAGAAGGCUAACAUUUCAUCUGAUGGCCAGUGGCUCAUGGAUGUUUUCCAUGUGACUGAUUUAAACGGAAACAAAUUAACUGAUGAGAGCGUUAUUAGCUACAUUGAACAGUCCCUUGAGACCACUCAUCCAGAUCGAAGCCAUGAAUUUAAUGGUUUAACGGCAUUGGAAUUGACGGGAACAGAGAGAGUUGGUCUUUUAUCAGAAGUAUUUGCAGUUUUAGCUGACCUGCAAUGCAAUGUGGUAGAUGCUAAAGUAUGGACUCAUAAUGGGCGAAUUGCGUCUUUAAUUUAUGUAAAAGAUUGCAAUUCAGGGUCCCCAAUUGAGGACUCACAGCAAAUUGACAGAAUCGAAUCACGUUUAAGGAAUGUUUUGAAAGGAGACAAUGAUAUUUGCAGCGCAAAAACUUCAGUUUCUAUGGCUGUAACCCACACUGAAAGAAGGUUACAUCAAAUGAUGUUUGCAGAUCGUGACUAUGAAAGAAAGCCUAUUUUGCAACAUAAGGUGGAUUCCCCUGUGGUCACUGUGCAAAAUUGGGUGGAAAGAGGUUAUUCAGUUGUGAAUGUUCAGUGCAAGGAUCGAACCAAGCUUUUGUUUGAUGUUGUUUGCACAUUGACAGAUAUGCAAUAUGAUGUGUUUCAUGCCACCAUCAACACAGCUGAGGAUAAAGCAUAUCUGGAAUUCUAUAUAAGGCACACGGACGGAACCCCAAUUAGUUCAGAACCUGAAAGACAUCGUGUAAUUCAAUGCUUACAAGCUGCAGUUGAAAGGAGAGCAUCUGAGGGUGUAAGGCUGGAGUUAUGCGCAUCAGACAAGCAGGGUCUAUUAGCAGAUGUGACCCGAACGUUUAGAGAAAACGGUCUUAAUGUGACGAGAGCUGAAAUAUCAACCACUAGGGACAUGGCUUUAAACGUUUUUUAUGUAACAGAUGCAAAUGGGAACCAAGCAGAUCCCAAAAUCAUUGAAGCAGUAAGACAAAAGAUUGGUUUAGGGAACUUAAAGGUAAAGGAAUUGCCAUUGAUUUAUCAUCAAAAGGCAGAAAGGGAAGAACAAGCAGUAGGGGUUGGUGGGGCAGUGUUGUUAUCACUUGGGAGCCUAGUGAGAAGGAAUCUCUACAAUUUGGGGCUGAUUAAGUCCUAUUCUUGAAGAUGAAAUUCCAGGGCAGCAAUUCGGUAGGAGAGAUUUGUUCAGUGCUGUUUGGUUGGCGAUUGGCAUAUUCUUUGCUUCAGGUUUGGGCUUCGGCCUUUGUGUGUGCAUAUGAAAAAGGUGGCAUUUGGUGAUAGUUGUUGUUAUUGUUGGAUUUGGUUGGUUGAAUAGACAGAACAUAUAGGGAAAAGAUUGGAAGGCAGCUCCACCAAUUGCUUUUAUUACCCCCCAAAGCCUUGUUUGGGAGGAAGAAUUUGUAUGGGAAGAGGGAAAACAAAAGAAAAUUUAAAACAAGUCGGUGGGGUUUGUGGAUUUGUGCCAUAGAUUUGUUGCUGGCAGAGAGGAAGAAAAAGAAGAUUAGGUAGAAGAAAAAUAUGGUUUAUUAUACACAACAUUUGUACAUGACGACUUUGAAGUAUUAAUUAAUUAUAAUGGUUGACUUGAAAUUUUUUUAUAUUGUUGUCUUUUAUUUUCUGAUUUCGCCCUUCUGUUUAAAGGAAGAAUCUAGAGUUUGAUUAA